AUGGUUGAUGUUGUGAGGCAAGUCCUGCGCGCGAGCACGCUCACGCCUCACGGGAAAAUCGGUCGCGCUCGCUUGGCGUGGCGUGGCGUGGCUUGGCGUGGCGUGGCUUGGCGUGGCGUGGCGCGUCUCCGUCAUCGAGACGCGUCUCAGCGGAGGCGAACGUGCACAGCCAGUAUCGACCGCAUCGACCGCAUCGACCGCAACGACCGCAACGACCGCAUCGACCGCAUCGACACUGUCGGCCUCCGCUCACUUUCCGACACACGAUGCAAGCAUGUCAGGCACUGUCCACCGCCGCUUGCCGCCCGCACCGGUCCAGACAGAAUUUCCCGCCAGAAGACGCUCUGCUCGCCAGCGAAAUCCACCUUGACACAGCUGGACUUCAUUGCGACGUCUUCGUCGCCAUACAACCCCACACGAGGCCGAAGCAUCUUCUCCAUUCCUACCGACAGCGCUGAUGAUGAUCCUGACUUCGACGAGCCGCAGCCCAAGAAGAAGCAGAAGACGACGGCACAGGCUUCAGGCAAGAGGUCGCAGCAGAAGCGCGCCAAGAAUGCCAUGCGAGAGCAUGAUCAAUCCACGAUGACACAGUGUUGGAAACUGCUUGACUACGCGAGGGAUAGCGAUGAGAGCGAUGGCGAUGGCGAUGACGAUGAAGAUGUGGAUCUAGUGGCCGCUAUGCUUCAUCCUCCUAGUCCCGACCACAAAUCGAGUGAGCGAGCUUUGCGUGCAGGACCGGCUUCUGACACUCUUGACCAAGCAGCACUGCUGUCCGGCAAGAUAGGCGACGGGGCAUCUGAUUCGGAGAGCCAGAUGACCAGUUCUCCUCCGCCGAGACUUUACAACCAUCCAGCGCUCACCGCAUCUUCCGAUCACGGCAGCGAUACAACGAGACCGACGACUGCCGGGUCAGAUCAACAUCCACAAACGCCGCGAAAAGGUUUGCCAGUCGUUAUUCCUUCAUCGCAGACACCAUCGAGCAUCACACUUUCUGUGCAUGAGCGGCCGCAAGAUCGAGGAGUCUAUCAACGUUCGCCACUGAAAGAUCGAAGCACCAAUGUAUCGCCUUUGAAAUGCCCUGCGGGUUCUAGUCCUAGCAGCAAGGCUCCAGACAAGUCCGCGCCGAUACAGCCCCAGAAUGAAGCGAAUCUUGCUAUUGAAAAAGGGUCUAUGCAGCCGCUUUGGAUCUCCAGGGUCGCGUGUACGCCGAAAAAAGAGACGAAGCAUCUUGAGCGCACUGCGACUAUUCAGGACUCUGAAGAAGGCGAUAUGGACUUUAAUUCUCCCGGAAAAGCUGUUCGAGUCACUGCAAGAGCGACGAUUGUUCAGGAAUCUCAGCUUGAGAGUGAUAUGAUCGAGCUGGAUGCUACGACUGACGAUGAAGAUUACGACCAACAUGACAUCAAUGACUUAAAGAGUGAAGAUAAUGACGAAAUGCCUGAACAUACUUAUUACUCCUUGAUGCAACAGAGCACUUUCAAUCCGGUCGAUGCAGCGCUUGAUCGUGAUGCGAACAGAUUUGGAAUUACAGCUACGCAGCUGUCGACCCAGGUACAGGCGAAGACGCAGAAAGUUCAAUCUCAUUCAAAAGGAGAUGGAAUCGUAGAAGACUUUAAAGAACCGGACGAGGACGAGACAUCAGAGAAAGCAGCAGCAACAGGUGCUGGUUUGAAAAAGCUGGAGAUCGAAAAGGUCAAUAUCGUGGUUCGAAAACAUCGAGAGCCUUCUCCCGAACUUGGUGAAAGUCGUCCCAGAUCCAUCAAAGUCGAAAAGAACGUCCAUGAAGAUGCCGAGGUGGUACCCUCAAGUCAACCCCAGGAAAAGAAGCAGCUAUUUCCUGAAACAAAACCCACUCCCUCCAGAUUAACCCAUGAUAGGCUUGGAGACUGGACCGAAGCCGCCAAUACAAACGCAGGUUUGACGCAAGCUGCUUCUGGCAGUGGCGACAUCGCUCCAGUCAAGAUCAUGGCUCCUCCAGCAGGUCGUGGUCAGACACAAAGCCAUCCAUCGCAGGUCAGCACCGUUGUACCAUCGCAACAGAGUGGACCAAAUUCUGUGGACAGCCUUCCUCACAUGCCGCCUCGGACGACAGUGCCGCCUCCAACGGAGACGAUACCUAGCUCGCCAAUCCCGCUACCGCCAUGGGCUGAUGAUGAUAAUGGCGUACGGAUGAACACUGAAACACAGUUGACAGACUUCAGCCUUCCUCGCCCUCCUUCGCUGAUUGAAAAGUCAAAUCCUUUUAUCUGCUCGACUUUGCAUAUAACGACUUUAUCACGCCCCAUACAACGAUCAGAGUUGGAUGGCUACGGCUACCCUUGA